AUGCCGCCCAAGCGGACGUCAGGAAGCGCUGGAGGUGGCUCACCGUCCAAGGCGAGCCACGCAUCGCGUGCAGCAGCAUUGCUCUCGAAAGCACGCGCACAAGCCUCCUCUUCUCCCGCAGCACAUGCUCGAUCUAGCACCACCUCGUCUCCGACCAAGCCGGCCACACUCAUCAGCAGUCCCAAGUCGAGUGCAAAAGCUAUUCCUUCGAGCAGCGAAGUGGCGAUGCCAUUGCCAGACUUGCUCAAGACGCUGUCCUCGAAAGGAGGGCUGCCGAUGCGAGAUGCGAUGGCGGUGGCAGGCAAGCUCAUCAACGCCCGGGCAAAUACGCCGUCCGCGCUGGCACACAUCUCGCUCAUCAUGCUGCAAGAUAUCGGCAUAGAAUCCGAAGAGCAUCGUAAACGGACGGUGCUGGCCUUCAAAGGCAAGAAGGCGGCAGGCUUCAUUCCAUCUGCUACGUCUUCCGGCGCUCCAGGGUCUGCAGGGGGCGCACCAGCUGUCGGGCUCGCGCCUGACUUUGGUGCGUACCGCAAGCGUCGUCGCGACGACGACGAAACGCUCAGUCGCGAGUACGGCAACGUGACCGCUCCGUCAGACGAGCGCCCCGGAUCGUCGCGGCGGCCCAAGCUCGAGAUCCAGUACAGUUUCAAUGAGAUCCUUGAGGAGUCACUCCUCCAGGGCAGAUACGCCGUCGUCAACCGUGCCCCGGUCAUGACUGCCUGGGCCACCAUCUUACUCGAGCGUCUCAAUUUCAGCCGCGCUGAAGCGCUCAGUCUGGCUCAUUGCUACGUCAACUACACCAGCACCAUGCGUGGCAUCAGCCUCGGCAUCAUCCCCGCAGCGGAAAAGGAGCGCGCUGUGCACAUUGUCGGACCGAACCAGCCGCACUUCGAGCUGAUGGGCGUCAAGAUUCCCGUGAUGCAGAUGCAGGAUGGGUCGUAUCGCGGAAUUAGUGCGGGCGAGGUGGUGCAGCCGGACAAGGCGUUCAAUUAUAUGCGAAGGUCGAUGGCGCAGACGCUGUCGAGCGUCAUGGGCGCGCUCACGUUGCUCGCCGACAGCUUCAUGGAGCCGAUAUCGAUGCAGGAAGUGGAUAGCAAGGAAGAGGAGGUCGAGGCAGAAGCGCAAGAAGCGCCAGAGUAUGGCGAGGACUACCUCAACUCACGCGGGUAUGAGCUGUACGCCGAAUUCCGACCGUCGACUUCGGGCGAGUGGGGCAAGAAGGGCCGGCUCUGGUACGACAAGAUCCUCGCGCUGCGCCGUGGACACGAAGCAGACAUGGAGGACUGGAAGGUCAAGGAAGCACGGUUGGAAGAGGAUGGACCACCGGAAGAGGAUUGGAGCGAGGAUGUCGAACGACUGGUUCAGCAGGAAUUGGACAAAGAGCGGGCUGAGCAGCAGGAGAUAGGGGCGCUCAAGCAGGAGACCGGAAACGUCAAGGAUGAACUCGGCUCGUAG